UCGGACACCUUAUUGGUUUAGAUAAAGACAAUGUUGAUGUUGUUUGAUAUAAUCUAUUGAGUGCCUAGUGUGUGUAUGUGUGUGAAUCUUGUUCUUUGCUUUUGCAUGUUGUGAUCUGUUCUUUUUACUUCUUUGCCACUGUUCUACUGUUUGAAUUUGUUGGUGACUUUGAAGUUCUCCUAAUUGCUCUAACUUUUUGCAGGUGGCACCUUCGCCUUAUACUCAUUGAUUUGUAGACACGCCAAAGUCGGUCUUCUCCCAAAUUAGCUUCCAUCCGAUGCUCGAAUAUCAUCCUUUAGACAAAAAGCGCUAUCCCCGGAACUUGAGAGAUCCUUAAGGAUAAAGGAAAGGCUAGAAAAUUCACUCACGUUGAAAAAGCUGCUUCUUAUUCUAGUGCUUGCUGGUACUUCUGUGGUUAUUGCUGAUGGGGUUGUUACGCCGGCAAUGUCAAUAGUCUCUGCUAUUGGUGGAUUAAAAGUUGGGGUGACUGCAAUUGGGGCGGAAGAGGUGAUUCCCGAGACAAGACAUGGAUUGUGUACAUGGCAUCUAAUACAAAAUGCUAUGAAAAAUGUUGGUCAUUUAAUGAGGAAUGGAUCUAAUUUUUUGACUGAUUUAAAGAAGCUUGUGUAUGAAUAUGUAGAAGUGAAAAAAUUUGAAGAGGCUUGGGAUUCAUUACUUUCAACAUAUGAAGCUACUGAUAAUUCUUGGCUCCAAAAUCUGUAUAGGUUGAAAGAGAAGUGGGCUAGAUGUUAUAUGAAAUCUACGGUGACCUUGAGGAUAUGUAGUAUACAGUUGAGUGAGAGUUUGAAUAGAGAUUUGAAGGAUUAUCUUGCAUGUAAUGUAAAUCUAAAUGGAUUUUUCAAGAGAUUUGAUAACGUUGUGAACGAUAAGUGGUAUAAAGAGUUACAGGCUGAGUUUAAUGCUAGAAAGAAAUUGCCCACGAUUUUGUGUUGGACAUUACCUAUGUUGCAGCAAGCAAGCAAGGUCUAUACACCUUCAAUGUUUGAAAAUUUUCAGACAUAAUGGAUAAAAACUUUAUCCCUGGUUAUUAAGGAACGUAAUGAGAUGGGUAUCUUGCGGGAAUAUGUUGUUGGUUCAUUUGGUACAAAUGAUCCAGAGUAUAAGGUCAUGGGCGGCCCAAGCAAUGAAGUGGUAAAUUGUGCUUGUAAUCAUUUUGAGACCAUUGGGAUAUUAUGUUGCCAUGCGUUGAAGGUGUUUAAUAACUUGGACAUAAAGUUAAUUCCUAGUGCUUACCUUUUGAAGAGAUGGACACGUGAAGCAAGAGAUAGAAUACUCGAGAAGCAUGGUUUAGAUACUCAGGUAUAAAUUAUCAUUAUAUUCUUUUUUACUCAAUUUAGUAUUCUAAUUUAUUGGUAACUUCUAAUAAAUUCUAUAUAUUCGUUUAGGGGAAUGGUGACUUGGAUGUUCUUGAUAGAUAUAGAGAGGUGUGUCCCGAGUUUGUGAAGAUAGCAGUCAAGGGCUCACAAACUAUUCGGAGAUAUGAAUUCAUAAAUAAGAUGAUCUUGACCAUAAACAAAUCUCUCGAUGAAAUGCCACUUGGAGGUGAGUCUCGGAGAAAUUUGACAGGCUUAAGUGAAGAUACGAGUCUCGUUGCAAAAUAUACGGGCCUCAAGAAGAAAGAUGGACGCAAAGGAGGAAAGCGACAUAAGAGCUGUCUAGAGAAGAAUAAAA